AUGUCCUUAUCUACCUGUGACCUAGAGCUGAGAGCAGUUGCAAAGAAGGAGCAAUGUCUCUGGGGAAAAAGCCUACUUCUGUGUGCACUAGUUCUCAGCAUUGUCCUGGGCCUUACGUUGCUUAUCACCCACAUAACGAUGAGCUGCAGUCUAGGAUCCUGUGAUGCUGAGGUGGGUCUUGCACUGUUGGCCAGACUCUUGAUUUCUAGGAAUGACACAGUAGACCCCUGUAAGGAUUUCUACAAAUAUGCCUGUGGCAGCUGGGAAGGCAAACGCUCAAGCAGAACCACAGAAGAAUCACUAAAUGUCUUUGAUGCAUUGUUGGAAGAAAACCAGCUGAUCCUGAAAAAACUUUUAGAGACCGCACAGUCUGGGGUAAGAGGCUCAGCUAGAGAGAAAGCAGUCUUGUUCUAUCAGUCCUGCAUGGAUAUUCAACUGAUAGAAUCCCAAGGAAUUCAGCCGUUGAAGGGCCUCCUAAGUCAGGUUGGUGUCUGGAAUAUCACAGGCAUUGGGAAAGCAAAAGAUUUUAACAAAACACUUCAGACUCUCAUGGGCAGAUACAACACCUUUCCCUUUUUCAGUGUCCAUGUAGGACCUAGCCCUUUUGACCCAAACACCAAUAUAAUUCAGAUUGACCAUCCUGAGUUUGAGAUGCCACCUGAGAGUAAAUUCAAAGAGAAAAAAAAUUAUCUUGAGGUUCUCCGUGUGUAUCUCUCAUAUUUGGAGAAACUAGGGCACCUGCUUGGAGAACCACAGGAUGUUCCCCCUGGCUUCUUUUCCCUUACCUUGUCCUUCAUCUCUAACCUCCAGCAAGUUAUCACGCCACUGCAGGAAAGACAGCAGAGAGGAAUGCUGUUCUAUCGUACCACCAUUAGGGAGCUACAGGAAAAGGCACCCGCAAUCGACUGGCUGCUGUGUCUGCAGGCAGCCUUCCAUCCUGUGCCAGUGAAUCUCUCUCAGCCAAUUGCAGUACAUGACAUGGAUUACUUGCAAGGCAUGUCACGGCUUAUUGAGCAAUGGCAGAAGCAAAGGAUCCUUCACAUCUACAUGAUGGUCUGUCUGAUUGGGAACCUCUUCCCAGCCCUAGACAGUCGAUUCCAAGAUGCACGCCUGGAGCUAUCUAAGAUUCUUCAUGGAAAAAUAGGAUCUGGAAUGAUCCCAGAAGAUCGCUGGCGGAUGUGCUUGAGUGAAACCAGCUUUUUUUUUGAACCAGUCCUAGGGCAGAUGAUUGUUCAAGAAAUUUUCCCUCAACAGAACAAGAAACUUGCUGAGCAGAUGUUCUCUGAGAUCAGAGAUGCCCUGUAUAGCCGACUCAAUCAGGUGGAGUGGAUGGAUGAGAAGACUCGUGUAGAAGCUAAAGUUCUGAUUUCCAGACUACAAGUGGAAGUUGGCUAUCCAGCUCACAUACUUCAAACUGACAAAGUGAACCUGGAAUACCAGAAUUUGCAGGUAAAUCAAGAAACUUUUCUCCUCAAUAUCGUGGCUUGCUUGAAGACACUGAGGGAGAAUUCCUACCAGAGACUCCUUCAGCAUCACUCACAGGAUAACUGGAAGAUUUCCCCUUGGCAUGUCCAUUCCUACUACUCACUAAGGCAGCACAUGGUGGUCUUCCCAGCUGGAAUGUUUCGCAGCCCUUUUUUCAAUCCAGAAUUUCCCAGUGCUGUGAACUUUGGAGCCAUGGGGGUGUUCAUGGCACAUGAGCUUCUUCAUGCAUUCUAUAAUUAUGUGCUACCUGGGGGCUGUCUUACCUGCAACAGGAGUGCACUACAGCAAGCUAUAGAUUGCUUGGUAAAACAGUAUGAAAGUUACUCUAUGUUCGGGUUUAAGACCAAUGGGACUUUUACUCUUUUGGAGAAUACAGCUGACAACGGAGGACUUGCUGUUGCUUACCAGGCCUAUAAGAACUGGCUGAAAAAGCACAGACAAGAGAAGGAUUUACCUAAAAUUGGACUUACACAUGAUCAACUCUUUUACCUCAGUUUUGCUCAUGCAAUGUGUGGACACCAGGAUCCUGAGAAACUGCAGUCUUACAUACACACAGAUCCACAUAGCCCCUUGCCACUUCGUGUCUAUGGGUCUGUCAGCAAUAGUCAGGACUUUGCCAAACACUUCCACUGCCCCAGCAGAUCACCAAUGAACCCGGAUAAGAAGUGCCACAUCUGGUAAUCUGCAUGGCAAAGGAGGAAGAGAAAUUUGACUCCAGAGAGAUGAAGGCCUGAACUGUGAAAGUAUGGCCAUCAUAUCUGGGCUUAUGGAGAGACAUGGUGCUCGUAUUCAUUUAUCUGCUUUCCUUUUUAUCCUUUCCUCAGCCUCAACUUGCACUUCUCUCAGCAGUUUAUUGUCUCAAAAAUUCCAACCUGAGUUCAUAUGGGAAUAGAGUUUCUU